AUGGCGACUCUAGUCCCACCUCCGAGUAAGAGGCAGCGCCUGGAGACCCUAGAAAAAGCGAGACAGCAACAGGAUAUUCAAGCCAUCCCAGAAAACUUGGGCAGCAUCAGAGUGCAGUUUUUUGACCAAGGAAAUGGAAAGGCUUCAGGACCUGCAGUCGCUGUUCCGAUUGCCGAUGCUACUGUGAAGAACCUAGAAAUUUUACUUAACACCCUUCAAGGAAAUGAUGACCAUGAAAGAGUUCCAUACCGGUUCACCUACAAGCCCGAUAGCGAAGUCGACAACACCAUUGACAUUCUAUCAGACUUGUACCAAUCCCUCCUUAGGCCUGGGUUGAAAACCUCUGAAGAUAUCAUCCACUUGCAAUUUACCCCCCAGGCAAUCUUUCGUGUGAAAGCUGUCUCGCGAUGUUCCGCAUCAAUUUCAGGCCAUGGAGAAGCAAUACUAGCCACUUCAUUUUCCCCUGCAUCGUCGUCGCGAAUGGCUACCGGCAGUGGGGACUCUACGGCUCGCAUUUGGGAUUGUGAUACUGGGACUCCUGUCCACACUCUCAAAGGUCAUUCGAGCUGGGUUCUCGUUGUUAGUUGGUCACCCAACGAUAAGAUCCUGGCAACCGGGAGUAUGGAUAAUACAGUCCGAUUAUGGGACCCGCAGACUGGACAGCCCCUUGGUGCCCCGUUGAAAGGACACACGAAAUGGAUAAUGAGUUUGUCGUGGGAGCCUUACCAUAUACAAGAACCUGGAAGACCAAGAUUAGCGUCGGCCUCGAAAGACUCCACAGUCCGAAUAUGGGAUGUGGUAUCAAGGCGCAUUGAAAAUGUGCUUACUGGCCAUAAAGGCUCUGUUUCAUGCGUGCGAUGGGGAGGGACUGGGAAGAUUUACACAUCGUCACACGAUAAAACCAUCAAAAUAUGGAACCCUAAAGAUGGCAGCCUGAUACAAACGAUGUCAUCUCAUACUCACCGUGUAAAUCACCUAGCAUUAUCUACUGACUUCGUACUUCGGACAUCUUUUUACGAACAAAACAAAGCCAUCCCGGAGACUGAUGCUGACAAAAUUGCCUGUGCAAAGACGCGUUUCGAGAAAGGGGCGACUAUAAAUGGUAGAAUUACCGAGAGAUUGGUAUCCGCUAGUGAUGACUUUACUAUGUUCCUGUGGGACCCCGCCUCUUCUAACAAGCCCGUUGCUCGGAUGAUGGGGCAUCAAAAGGAGGUUAACCAUGUUACCUUUUCUCCCGAUGGAGCAUACAUCGCGUCCGCGAGUUUCGAUAACCAUGUGAAGCUAUGGAAUGCAAGGGAUGGAAAAUUCAUAUCCUCAUUACGUGGCCAUGUUGGGGCAGUAUAUCAGUGCUGCUUCUCAGCCGAUUCUCGCCUACUAGUAUCAUCAUCUAAGGACACUACUCUCAAAGUAUGGGACGUUCGAACGGGAAAGCUGUCCAUGGAUCUACCUGGUCAUCAGGACGAGGUUUACGCUGUUGACUGGAGUCCCGAUGGGGAAAAGGUGGGUAGUGGGGGAAGGGAUAAGGCUGUUAGGAUUUGGCGACAUUGA